AUGAACGAAUCUAAGAAGCGAGCUUUGAACUUGACCCCAAGUUCCGCAAUUCAGGCUAAUCCUGACAAGAAACGAGUGCUUUCAGGAUCACCACAAAGGUCAAUGGGACUAGAGCAGAGCUCCAGCGGCGUACAUGAUUGGCAAAGAGAGUUACUGGUGCAGAAGAGCGAAUUGAACCGCAUUAAAAAGCUAAAUGAGUAUUUGGAGUUGGAAAGAAAAUGCAAUAGAGGUGAUUGA